CGUCAGAGACGGAAUUCUGGGAAAUUUAUAUGAUGGUGGAUUGCGAAAAUGCGUUGAAACGGUCUGCGAACUUCUCUUGCUAGUGAUGGCAAAUGAAUCGAAUAACGAUUUCACAGACAUAUUAUCAGCUGCAUUAGAUGAAUCGGGCAUCACAGGAGAUUUUGAAGAUGAAUUUGAUGAAACAAGCUCGUUUUCUCACCACUCUGUGUAUCCAGGACAAUCUCAACCAAUUAUAUCCAAUCAUGUAUUUAAUGGAGGGAUGCCACAGACAAUUCCUAUUCCACAACAAAUUGGAGGCAUCAACUCCACAGCAUUCAAUCACCCUAUUCCACAACCAGGAACCCCUUUUCCAAGUAACCAGCUCAUAACCCAAGUUUCCAAAGUUCAGAAUAAUCCAUCUUCCUUACUGCAUCGAUCAGCAUCCAGCCCAGCCAUUAUACGCAUCCCAGCAUCAUCCCUCCAAAAACAGGGAGAAUCUCCUCUCCAAAGCCAGAUCAAAUUACAGACAUCUCAAAACCAAAAUAACUCCACUGGAGGUCCUAGAAUCAUCAAGAUCACAAGACUUGGUGGACAAGGAUCCAGCACAAUUAAAGUACCUGUGACAGGAAAUAUUCCUCUAAGUGGGAUUGUUAACAAAGCAACUGGAGGAGCAGUGAAGAUUGGAAACUAUGUUACUAAAAGCUCUUCAGUGCCAACAAUUAAUUUAAAUGAUCUUUCUGGAAGGACCAAUGGCUCAGGUGUACCUGUGAGUGAUGCACCAAAAUCUGGACCAGAAUCCAUUAAUUGGGCUAGUCUGGUCAAGAAAGAUCCAAACACAGGUGCUUGCACAAUUAACUUGGCAAAUCUUGCAGCAGCAAGUGGUAAGAAAAUCAUAAUUACUACAACAACAGGCAAUCAAAUGACAGGGAGUGUAAUCAGCCAGUCAGCUGGCACAGGUGAACAGAUUCUUUCUUCAGGUUUGGGAACAAACUCGCCGAUUCCUACAAACUUAGGGAGUGUGAGAAUGACACAAUCACCUUCUGUGUUGCCAAGAAGUGAUAUUCUGUCUGCUCAAACUAUGAGACCAAGAGGUGGGGAACUGCCAGCUCCUCAUUCUCCAGGUAUGGGCAGUGUUCAGCUCAGUUCCUUCACCCCCAGUGCCAUCAAUACAAUUCAUUCCCAAAGUGUGUCCCUCUUACAAAGAAAUCCACCCUUGCACCAUAGUAUGUCUACUCCAGCUCUCCCCGAUUUAGGGCAGCAUCGCUCACUCAAUGGACCUAAUGGAAGUAUUCCUCCAAAUUACAAAGCAAAUGUGACUCACAAAGACAUUUCAAGGUUGUGGUCUAAUGAAGAUGUUAAACUGAAGAAAGUGGGUCCUUCUGUUCAACAGCAAACUGCACGGCAAAUGUUGGGAGGGGGCGUGGCAUCAUUGGAAGAAGAGGAGGUGGAAGAUGAGGUUCAAGAACUAGGACAUGCAGAAACUUACAAUGAAUAUAUGCCUGUCAAAUUGUCCAUAGGAAUAAAACACCCUGAUCCAGUGGUGGAAACUAGUUCUCUUGCCAGUGUUGAACCUUGCAAUAUUUGGUAUAAUCUCUCUCUGCCAGAGAACAUCAUAGAUAAUGGAGAGUUGUCAGCCCUACAACUGGAGGCUAUUACUUAUGCCUGUCAGAGACAUGAAAUCAUCAUGCCUAGUAAGGAGCGAGCAGGCUUCCUAAUUGGGGAUGGUGCAGGAGUGGGAAAAGGAAGAACUCUGGCAGGAAUUAUUUAUGAAAACUACUUGCUGGGACGAAAACGUGCAUUAUGGUUGAGUGUAUCAAACGAUUUGAAAGUUGAUGCAGAGAGAGAUCUACGAGAUAUUGGUGCUGGAAGAAUUGAAGUACAUGCCCUCAAUAAGUUCAAGUAUGCCAAGAUAUCCUCCAAGGAAAAUGGCAGUGUGAAGAAGGGUGUGAUUUUUGCCACUUAUUCCUCAUUGAUUGGAGAAAGUCAGUCCAGUGGGAAAUACAAGACCCGCUUCAAACAGCUUCUUAAAUGGUGUGGGAAGGAUUUUGAUGGAGUUAUUGUAUUUGAUGAGUGCCAUAAAGCUAAGAAUCUGUGUCCUGUGGGCUCUAGUAAACCAACAAAGACAGGCCAGACUGUCCUGGAACUGCAGAAUCGUCUUCCCAAUGCCAGGAUUGUGUAUGCUAGUGCUACUGGUGCCUCAGAACCAAAGAACAUGGCCUACAUGACACGGCUAGGCUUAUGGGGACCAGGCACACCUUUCCCGGAGUUCAAUGAUUUUAUCCAGGCAGUGGAAAAAAGGGGGGUAGGUGCUAUGGAAUUGGUUGCCAUGGAUAUGAAGCUGAGAGGAAUGUAUAUUGCCAGGCAGCUGAGCUUUAAAGGUGUCACAUUCAAAAUAGAGGAAAUUCCACUUGCCAAGGACUUUAUCAAGGUCUACAAUGACAGUGUGAAAAUGUGGGUGACGGCACGAGAACGGUUCAGCAGGGCUGCCGAGUUGAUGGAUGCUGAACAGAGGAUGAAGAAAAGCAUGUGGGGACAAUUCUGGUCGGCUCAUCAGAGGUUUUUUAAAUACCUCUGUAUAUCAGCCAAAGUCAACCACUGUGUGGAGUUAGCACGUGAGGCGAUCAAAACUGGCAAGUGUGUUGUGAUAGGACUGCAGUCCACAGGAGAAGCUAGAACCCUGGAACAGUUGGAGGAACAAGGAGGAGAACUCACUGACUUUGUGUCCACAGCAAAAGGAGUUUUUCAAACAUUAGUAGAAAAACAUUUCCCUGCUCCAGACAGAAGGAAAACCCUUGAUAUAUUUGGACUUGGAGAAAUAUAUGGCAAGAAAAAAGAGCGAGAAUCUGUUCAGCAGAAAAAUGAAAACAACAAAAGAAAGAAAGAACAAAAGAAGACUCACAAAUCCAAGAAACAAAAGAAACAUGGAUCCGAUUCUGAUAACAGCAGUUCAGACAGUUCGGAUUCGGAUUCUGACAUCAGUGAUCUGGAGUUUGACUUCCAGGAAGAUUCAGAUGACAGUGAUUCAGAUGUGGAUGACUUCAAUCCAUUUGGAAAUGAUUCAGACAGUGAUGAAGAUCCUUGGUUGAAAAAAAGCAGUAAGAAAACAAAGAAGAAAGAUGUUAAUAAAAAGAAGAAAAAGAAAUCCAAAGGAAUUGAUAUGGAUACAGAGUUUGACAAAGCAUUAGCUGCUGCAGGUCUACUGAAGAAAAACAAUCUGGCCAAGGAAAAUGUCAACACUGUCAAUAACUCAAAUACUGCCAAUGAAACAGAAAAUGGAGAUUCACCGCUUUAUAGCAUGGAUGCUGUGGAGCAGGCAGUGGCCAUGAAGAAUGAGUUAUUGGACAUGUUAACGGAAGUAGGAGAAAAACUUCCACCCAACACAUUAGACCACCUGAUUGAUGAACUGGGAGGGACAGAGAGUGUUGCAGAGAUGACAGGCAGAAAGGGUCGUGUUGUCAACACUGAUGAUGGCAUCACGUACGAGUCACGUAGUGAAGUUGAUGUACCACUGGAAAUUCUAAACCUCACAGAGAAGCAAAGAUUCAUGGAUGGAGAAAAGAAUGUGGCCAUUAUCUCUGAAGCAGCAAGUUCUGGUAUAUCCCUUCAAGCAGACAGACGUGCAAUAAAUCAGAGGAGACGAGUCCAUAUUACACUGGAGUUACCUUGGAGUGCAGACAGAGCAAUCCAGCAGUUCGGUCGCACACACAGAUCAAAUCAAGUAAAUGCUCCAGAGUAUAUGUUCCUUAUAUCUGAACUGGCUGGAGAACAAAGAUUUGCUUCCACUGUUUCCAAAAGGCUAGAGAGUUUGGGAGCACUAACACAUGGUGAUAGACGAGCUACAGAGUCCAGAGAUCUGAGCAGAUUUAACUUUGACAACAAGUAUGGCAGAACAGCGCUUGAGGCAGUGAUGAAGUCAGUGUUAGGAUUUGAUGCUCCACUUGUUCCCAUUCCUACUACUUAUGAUGGAGACUUCAUGGCAGAUGUGAAGAAGGGUUUGGCUGGUGUUGGUUUGAUAAGCCUUGAUGAUCGUAUAGGAGUCCCAUUACUGGAGAAGGAUUACAACAAUAUCAGCAAGUUCCUCAAUAGAAUCCUUGGAAUGGAAGUUGCCCUUCAGAAUGCUUUGUUCAGAUAUUUCUCCGACACGCUGACUGCCAUUAUCUUGGAUGCCAAGAGAAGUGGACGAUGGGACAUGGGAAUUCUUGAUCUUGGUUCUGGUGGUGAGAGCGUGAAGAAGAUUGAGACUAAAACCUUUGUGGGCAGUGCUGCUGCAAACACAGCUAAAACAGAGCUCACCACAGUCUCAGUUGAAAGAGGAAUGUCUUUCUCACAAGCUAAUGACAUAUGGAGAAAAUACACAGGACUGGAUGAUGGAUUUUACAUAUCUUCUAUGGAGAGAAAUGUGAAGAAAACUGUGAUUCUAGCUGUGUUCUUUGGUACAAACAAAAAGAGAGAAAAGUUGUACAAUGUCUACAGACCUAAUACAGGGAGACAACUCCAUCCAGAACCUCUCUCCAACAUCAAACGCAAAUAUAAAAAGGUAUUGCCUGACAUAGCUCAGCCAUGGUGGGAAGAUCAGUAUAACCUAUCUGCUAAAAUCUGUAGUCAUGCUUACUGGAGAGGGAGCUGUAAGAAGGCAAACUUGGGCCUCCCCUGUGAGAUUGGAUUAAGAACUCGUACAUUCCACAUCCUAAGCGGAUCAGUUCUGAGUGUGUGGAGUAAGGUGGAGAGUGUUCUAGCAGCAAUGCCAGGUGGAUCUGCUUCCAAAAUGCAAAUCAUUCGUCUCAAAACAGAUUGUGGUCAGAGGAUAGUAGGCAAUUUAAUACCAGGAAACUGUGUGCAAGCCUUGACUUCAAUUCUGUCUGAGGGUUGUGACAAAAGUUUUACUGAAAAACAUCCCCAACCAGUGGAUGAUGAUGAACACUUGAGUAUGCCAUUGCUGUUCUAAAGGUUCUAUUCUUAUUGGUGCUGACGUCCUACUGGGGCUCAUUAUGUGUUCUGUUUGAUUAUCACUGUUAUGGUAGAUCUGCUUCAAUAUGUACUCCCAGAAUAAAAGCACUUUUACUGUGUACAAGAAGCUAUGAUGAGAAAUUCUGGGGGGUUUUCUUCAGAAUUAUACUUUGUAAUCCCCUUGCAACAAAAGUUGCCAGGACUAUAACAAAAUAUUGGAGCCUCUAUAAGAGAUUGUGAUUGUAUUAAGUUACUAUCCUAUCCUUCAUUGUGUGUUAAUUAAGCUGUCUGUAUGUGUUUUCCAAAUCAGUCCUAGUGUUUAGGAUGCAAUAAAAAAUAGUAUAGUUUGAUAUUUCAGGGUCAUACUUAAUACAAAGAUGUUAGAUGACCUAAGUUUGGGUCAAAGGUGGAGGUCAAAAUGUGUGAUAGGUUUUGAGUAUGUUGCAUUACAUAUUCAUGUGUAAUGUGACUAAGGUAAGCACUGUGGCCCACAUUUAGUCUCAUACUUAAAACAGCCAUGCUAACUGGUUAGUGAAAGAAGCUUCCUUUGGAUUAAAAAAAGAAAAUGAAAGUCAUCGGUAGAAUUUUAGUUACUUUGUUAAUACCAUAAAGAUCAUUUUUCGAGAAAUGGCAUUCUUGGACAAAAUGUUCAACUAAGAAGGGAUGCUCCACUUUAUGGCACAUUUGUCUCUUCCAGAAUUCUGUCAGUGUUUUGUAUUUUAUGUUCUCUUUCUGAUGUUUGUGCAGUUGAAAAAUUAUAUUGUCUGAAAAUCUGGCAAAUUGCUGUGUUUCAAAUAAUCAGUACCAAGACUCGGAAGUUCCUGUAAGAAGUAAGGACUUUCUUUUAUGAUAGUGUCAUUGCAUCGAAUUAGCUGUAGAUAAAACCAAAUAAAGGGAUUAGAGUGUCUGUUUGUACCAAGCCCUAUGUCUUUCAGUUUGUCAAAUCACUUUGUGUUGAGGUCUGGCACAUCCAGUUAAAUCCAGGACAAUACUAGUCUUCAUGUGUGCUGUUUUUCAGCAAUUUGACCCCUCCUGAUAAGCACUUUAAAUACAGUCAAACCUUGUUAUGUCAAACUUGAUGGGGCCAAGAAAAAACUUCAAGAUAUCCGAGGGUUCAAGAUACUAUGGUUAAAAUACAAUAAGAAGUGGUUCUUAGUACCCAAAAUGUUUUUGACAUGCCCUUGGUGUUUGAGAUAUCAAAGUUCUAGAUACCAACGUUCAACUGUAGUUCUAAAGAAAAUUCUCUGAAGUUUGUCAGCUCUUCACACAAAAAAAUGAUCACAGAAAUUGUAAUAAUUGAGAGAUUUUUUAAAAGGGAAAUAUUCAAAUUUAUAAUAUUGAUGCAUGUAUUUUUAAAGUUGUAUCAUAUAUGUUUUGUAAAUGAUUGAAACUUGGCUGAUGAUCUUUCACAUGUAUAUGAUUUGUUUUUUUUCAAAGAGGCAAAUUGUGUUAUGGAUAUUUAAUAUUCUUCUACUCCAACAACUGAUUCCAUUCUACAACAUUCCGUUUUUGCUUUUUAUAGACUGAUCAGGUGAUUUCUAUUUAUAACUCAGUGCAAUUUCUACCAUUGGUUUGCUCAUGUCUGAAAAAAAAAAGAAAUGUACAGUAGAUUUGGGCUAAUAACCCUGUUAAUUUCAUGUUUCAUCUACUCUAGUCAUUGACUUCUAUGCAAUGGUGACAUCAACUGUAGAUAGUGUGUUAUUUUAUAUGUGAACCAGGGAAUGUGUGGUUAUCAAACAUAAAAGACAGAUUUGAAUAUGUUGAAGAUGAAUGUUGUACAGGGAAACAUUGUUGCCAUCAAUAUUAAUUUUAUAUGUAUAGAUAUAUAUGUUCCAUUCUUUCAAAACAUGUGGAUGCAGUUGUUGGAUUUUGUGAAACUUUUUUUUGGGUUCAUUCAAUAUGUAUCCUUAUUUUAUGAGUUGGUGUGACUGUUAAUUUGUUUGUUAAUGACUGUACAGGACUAUCAUUUAUACAGUACAAAAACUAUUCAAGCUUAUGAAAUGCUGCAAAUGUAUUCCCAUGUAAAUUACAGUUUAGAGUUAAAAUUUUUGUUUGCUGAUUGCAUAAUGUUCAUUGCAUCAAAAUGUAACUUUAAUUUGCACAAGAUGUUUCACAAAUAUGUAUGGUUUUUAAUGAAUAAUUCACAAUUAAUUUAAGUAAUAAGUGCCUUAUUUGUAAUGAAAAGUGUUUGCAGUCUUUGAGUAAUUACAAUUGAAUGUUCAUUUGGUUUUUAAUGUUGAGUCUCAAAGUGUUGAUGUGAGUCUUGAGUUGUAUAUUGUUAAGUGUGUCACUGUGCAUUUAGAUUAUUUAAUUAUCAUGCAUUACUAAAACCUGCCAAUGAUUUCUCCAGGUUUGUGCUCUCAUCACAGAGCUAAGCAGACUGUGAUCCCCAUUGUGUGAAAUAUUUGAGAGAGUGUUUGUUACAUUUGUGAGAAAAAAAAAUAUUGUGCUGUUAUUAAACAAUGAAAUCUUUGAAACAUUA